UUUCUUCCUUGCAUUAUGCAUAUUCUACGCACGUAAGAUACGAUCGUUGUACGUGCAAAAUUUAACGCGUGCGCACGCUUUUGUGCAAAAUAUUUUGACUGUUCCGAGUUUUUACACGUUGCUGUGUCAUCUUACUUUCGAAUAAUUGCGCUCUAAGAAUGCAUGUUUGCACGAAGGUGGAGUUUAGGUAGAUUUCAAAUUGAUCGGUAACAAUACAAUUUGAAAUGUGCUCUUAAAAUGUGAAGCAGCGAGUAGUGCUGAAGAGAUCUAUAUGACCGAUAAAUACUGUAGCUGGAUUCUUCAAGUAUGUGAGCUACCAGUAGAACCACAAGCAAUAUGUCUUCUGUCAAUUCAAUGGAACAAAGAACUACAGAUUGUAAUGGUACAAAAAAUGAAAUAAGAGCAGAGAGUCGUGAAUUUUUUUCAGACUUACAUCUGUCUAUAAUCAUGAGAAAUUAAUGUAUAUAACAUUAGUAUGGUAAUGUGUAAAAUUUAUCCAAAGAACCGAAUGCUUAAAUACGUUCUCGCGGAGUGUGAUUCUGUUUUAUAAUAUUUAUCUCCAAGGAACCACAACAAUGCUGUAAGAACUACGGCUGGAAGAAAGAAGAGGAAAUAGCAGACUGCGUAGAAAAAGCAGCGACAAAAGUGAAGAGGAUGUAACGCGAUAAAAAGCGUGAAGGAAAGAGAAGGUAUAACGAAAGGGAAACGAUAAGGGGAAUCGUAGCGGUGAUAUAUCAACGGCGUUAAUUACAUAUUCAUAGGUUGCAAGAAAGUAGUAUAACAGAGGAUCAUGUUAAAAAGCUCGUAGUAUCGUAAUUAAUAAAUGAGUAAAAAGUAAAGUGGAGAGGAAAAGAAGAGGAAAAAGUGUGAAGCAAACGAAAGGAGGGAACAAGAAAGGAUGAAACGAGUCGCAAGGUCGUUCGGCGAACAAAGGAGGAAGGGAACGAAUAGAGCGUAGACGGGGUCCGGCGAGAAGAAAUGCGAAAGGGAAAGGGGCUGGAGAGGUGGAGGAGGAGAAAGAGACGAAUCGAGAGAGGAAAGGAUGAAACUGCUUGGCGCUCAUACAUUCAGCGAUGCGUCGUGCAGCGGUGGGUAAGCUCGUUCGCGCAGACUCGGCCGUCUUCGUGUUCUCGCUGGGUUUCCGCAAAGGGAAAUAAAGAAAGGAAGGCGACCAAGCGCGCGCGGUUCUCGCGCAAAAAUCAUUAAAACGCGUGCUCGAUUCGCGGCUGCGGCGUCGUUGUCGGCUCGUACUCGACGAUUUAUUAGCGGCUACACGAGCGUACCUAACCGCCCGCCCGCCCGCCCGCCUGCCUUGUUCGCCUACCGGUUAACCGUCCACGUCCGUCCGCAUCUCCGUCUCUCCUCCACGAUUUCUUCGAAAACAUUGGCCGCCACCGUUCACGCGGCCCGUACACCGUGCCGCUUUGUUUUCCAUGUCCAGCGACCACGCGUGGAACGAGCCAGAGACGAACGAUACGCGCCUCGGCAUGGAGUGGACCCGCGACAAAACCCUCGAGCUACUGCGCGAGUAUCAACAGAGACGCGUACUCUGGGACUGGAAUGCUCGCGGUUAUCGGGACCGUACGAAGCGUAAACGCGCUAUCCAAGAACUCGCCGAGAUACUCUGCUGUAACACGCUCGAGAUCGAGAAGAAGAUCACCAAUCUGAAGUGCCAGUAUUCGAGGGAGGUUCACAAGAUACAGAACAGCCGGGACGCCGCCACCGGACCCGACGAUGUUUACGUGUCCAAGUGGUUCGCAUUCAAGGCGAUGCAGUUCCUGCAAUUCGGCACGCGUAGAUACAGCAAGAGGAAGAAGAAAACCGAAGAGGAAACAUCGAAACUGCAAGAGGAAUACAUAGUGAGCGACAUCGAUCCCGAGAGCAUCACCUUCAUAGAUUGCAACGAAGAAACGAACGGUUCGGGGACCGGUUCUUUCAACGCCUCCCUGAGCGAGGACGCCGAGGAAUCGUCGUCGUCGAGUUUGAAAGCAAUGGAGCUUUACAACGGUUCCUUGCAGGACCAUUAUAACAGUCCGAUCGUUGAUUUGGACGAGUCUGGGCAAACUAAAGUUGAAACCACGACGGAUGAGCGGAAGAGAACGAAAGAGGAGUUUGCUAAAUUUGCUGAGAGCAUCGCUGUGCAACUAGCAGAGAUUCCAGACUCUUAUUCGAGAUCCGUGGCAAAGCUAAGGAUUAAUCAGAUCCUUUUCGAGGCUGAAAUCGGUAUUUACGCGCAAACACGUCGCUAACAAGCGCGACAAGGGACGCUCUGACUUUAAUCAAUGAUUAGUCGCUGCAGAGGCAGCUUUGAUGCUCGAUCAUGAUGGAAUGUUCUGACGGAGACACGGUGAAACGUGCUCGUAGGAAGGGAAACAGUGUACUUCAGAGCUUAAGGUUCUAUCGUGAUUAUUAAAAGCUGAUUUAUAAUAUUCGUUUAGAAAUGAGACAGUUUCUUGUAAUGGUCCUUGCAAAUGCAAUUUAGAAUAGUAUGAUUAAGAUAGAUGUAACAUUUGAAUUAUUGGAAUUGAAUUUGAAAUUUAAUUGUAAAGGUAAAUGUAUUUUCAUUCGCAUACUCGUUGCCAGUUGAUUAGAAUGUUUUCCUAUUUCCUUCAAAGCUGAUUAUCAUAUCAUGCGUGCAUAGUUUAUUUGAACUGAUACAUGUACGAACGAAUCUGUUACAUUUUAUGAACAGUUGUAUUUAUAAAAUAAUAUUUGAAUGGAACCAUUACGGAAAUGCUACGUGUCUAAACGAAUAAUAUAAAUUGACCUUAACUGGUUUGCUUCCAGCGCUCAUUUAAAAAGUCGUGUAGGUAUGCGAGGUAACGAAUGUGUUAAUGAUUCGUAAUGAGAAAUUUUUAGAUACAUAUUGGAUUGAGAAAAUGAAUUGUAUAGAGAGACACAAGAAUGUCAGGUUCGAAAUGUAAUUAGCGGAGAAGCUGUUUAUUGUACCGCUCAUUACGAAGAUUCCAAUGAAACAAGAAACGUAUUUAGAAAACUGUUUACACGUAAUGUUAUAUUUUUUCGAUAAUUGUACAAGGUUGAAUUUUCCCCUGGGAGAUAAUCAUUCAAGGCCCCAGGAAUAAAAUUCAUUAUUUCCAUAAGUAAAGAUGGACUAUCGUUAAGAGUAAAGGGCGCAGAAGAGGGCGAAAUUGCGAGAAAUCAAAAGUAAUAUUAAAUUCUUUUUUUAAGAAUGAAGUUCUGCUUGUAAACAAAGCUUAUGGCGUACUUUAUAAAUACAAUGAAAUUGUAUUUUAUCGUUUGCACGAGAUUAAACGAAAACGUCUUAUGUUGCGAAGUUUAGAAUGAAGAAGAAAAAAUGAAAUCGCGUUAAGUUUAAAUUCGCAAUGCCUUGCCUUUUGCAAUCCACGUAUAAUAUUUCUGAACUUCGAUUCAUGAGAAAGACUGUAUUUUAAAGGACACUGUUUUUUGAUCUGGUUUGUCUGGCACGAUAACACCAAUCGAAUAUUUUUUUAAGUGGACUUUCGUCGAUCUUUACGUACAAUCGUCGAAUGAAAUGUUACUCAUAUUCGGUAGUAAUAGCGGAUAUGUGAUUUUAGAUGUAAAAAGUAAGCGAAAUGUCGAUGUCGUUUGAGUCAGAUUGAAUGGAACAUUCGUACUGUUUAAUUUUAAUACGUUUGAAGAACCAUUAUACAUUUUCAAUGUUUUAUAAAAAAUUAUUUAAUACAGUAGAAGGAUACAUGGUACUGAAUUUAAAAGAAAUAACUACAAUUACAUAUUCAUUUAAUUAUUACUGAAUUUUAUAUACCAAAUUGUAUUCAUAAAAUUAAUUUACUCGUCAUUUAUCGCUGAUACAAUCUGCCUCACAAAUGACAUACAAUUAGACGAUAAGCAGUUCAUUGGUAUUGUUUCAGAGCUUUAAACAGUAGGCGUAGUAAGCUGUAUAGAUAGCGAACUAUUUUUUAUCGAGAAAAGAUCCCUCCGUAAAAUCGAAAAUAAGUCGUUUUAAAUCGUUAAACUUUCGUUUAAAAGAAAUUUACAUUGUAUCUCAUAUCAAUAGACAUCAGGUUUUCCAUUAGUAGUUAGAUAGCGAUGUACACAAGAAUCAAUCAGUCUCCGGUGUAAGUCUUUAUAAUGUAUUCAUUGUUCCUAAUUAAGGUGAAUACCUUAAUUAUUCUAUUCUUUUGAAAGUACACAAGUGCUUCCAUUUUUGUUGAAAGAAAUAACAAGUGUAUUAUUUCUUUUCGUUUAGAAUCUUAUCAGUAUUUUUAAUAUCUAAUGAUAAAUAGGAUACAAAAUUGAAAGAUUCAAUGCGCGUUACUAAGUUGUUGAUUUUCUUUGACUCGUUAUAGUCUGUUCCUGUUCCUUGAGUGAUUCUCAGCAUCAUAGACAAUGAUGUACUGUAAUGUUGAAAGUUGAACGUUAAUACAAUCGCAGUAUAACUGUUAUAAAAUUGAUGAUUGAAUUAUACUAAAAUAAUAAUAAAAUAAAUGCAAUGGAAAUAUAUAAGAUUGCUGGAUAUUCAAUUGGAACAAAAGCAACAUUUAAACUUAAGAUAAAAAUUUAAAAAUAACAGAUUAAUAGUGAUUGGAAGAUUUAAAUGCUAAGAAUUUUCAAACAUUUUUUAAUUGAUUAUCCUUGCAACAACUGCAAUUAUACUAUUUUACAUUCCUAAUCUUUGUGAAAUAUUGAAACUAUGGUCAGUCGUAAAUUUCAUAGAAAUAUAAUUGUAAUUCUAUGGAAAAAGUAAUCGACGAAAGCGUGGAUUAAAAUAUUGUAAAAAAAAAUUGGUUAUACGGGUUAAUAUGCCGGAGUUAAACUGCGAUCACUGCCUUGAUAUCCCUCGUCAGAAUGUCUCUUCCCUUAGAUAGCGAUUAAAACAUUAAUCCUAGUGUAUCUAUAAGUAUAAUUAAGUUUACUAGUGUAAAGAUUCGUUGUAAAAAUCAUAGCGUUAAGAUAAUCUCAAGUAAGGUAAAGAGAAAUCAAGGUGGUUGUUGAACAAAUUAAUGUUACCGUGUACCUAUGGUUUACUUCUGAUGAACUUUAUAAAAAUUUAACACUGAACAAGUAAUUCUGUUAGUUUUGUAUCUGUUAUGUUAAAAUGAAUUCUUAAUAAGAGUUGAGAUGAUGAUUGCAAAAAUUAAGAGUUAAGUUGGACUCAAAAAUAAAACAACUUCAUGAAAGUUGUAUAUACAUACACAGCUGCAAAAAAGAAGAAUUUUUUCUUAUCAUAGUACGUUCUCAAUUCUUUUUUGUAAUAUUUUACAACGUGCUAUAUGCGUUUAACUUUGUAUACUUCUGUUCAAUAAAAUAACUAGGAAUAA